AUGGUCGUCCUCAGCAAGCUCGUCAGCAGCAUUCUCUUUGUCUCCCUGGUUUCGGCGGGCGUGAUCGAAGAACGCCAGGCAGCCAGCAUCAACCAGGCGUUUACCUCCCAUGGCAAGAAGUACUUUGGCACCGCCAGUGACCAAGCUCUGCUCCAGAAGUCGCAGAAUGAGGCCAUUGUGCGCAAAGACUUUGGCCAGCUGACGCCGGAGAAUAGCAUGAAGUGGGAUGCGACUGAGCCAUCGCAAGGAAGAUUCAACUUCGCUGGUGCUGAUUUCCUGGUCAACUAUGCAAAACAGAAUGGCAAGAAGGUCCGCGGACACACCUUAGUCUGGCACUCCCAACUCCCGUCCUGGGUGUCGGCUAUCAGCGACAAAAACACCCUGACCUCGGUGCUGAAGAACCACAUCACCACCGUCAUGACCCGGUACAAGGGCCAGAUCUACGCCUGGGACGUCGUCAACGAGAUCUUCAACGAGGACGGCUCCCUCCGCGACAGCGUCUUCUCCCGCGUGCUGGGCGAGGACUUUGUGCGGAUUGCCUUCGAGACGGCGCGCUCUGUGGAUCCCUCGGCGAAGCUGUACAUCAACGAUUACAAUCUCGACUCGGCUAGCUAUGGCAAAACCCAGGGGAUGGCACUCAAACCCACCUUGGUGCGGGUGCUUCGUCCAGCGUCAAAGGAUAAGUCUCCUUGGUUUUCUUGCCUACGUAACGCUGACCCCCCCUGUACAGCAUUGACUGCUCUUGCGUCUUCCGGCGUCUCUGAGGUCGCCAUUACCGAGCUGGAUAUCGCGGGUGCGAGCUCCCAGGACUACGUCAAUGUCGUCAAGGCAUGCCUGGAUGUCCCCAAGUGUGUGGGAAUCACCGUCUGGGGGGUGUCGGACAGGGACUCGUGGCGCUCCGGCUCGUCUCCGCUGCUGUUCGACAGCAACUACCAGCCCAAGGCGGCGUAUAAUGCCAUCAUUGCUGCUCUCUGA